AUUUUUAACGCAUCGUUUUACUUUACUAACAAAACUGGAUAGUUUUAUAAGUUUUGCUCACAUUAACUCGUUACUUAUCCGGAAAUGCUUGUGAUAUACGUUUGAAAAAAUAAAAGAAAAAAGUUUUAUACCAUCUGAUGCAUUUGUUGCAUUCCAAAGUCGUUACGUCGAUCGUAUUUGAGUUACCAUGGCGACAGUAACUGCCAGCAUGGAGACGCAGAGCCUGGUCCAGGAGUCACGACACACCUACCAGGAGAUGCACGUAGAGACCAGACAGGUGAAGAAGAAGACCAAAUCCAAACGGCAUAAGGAUGAGGGGUCUAUUUCAGUGUCUAAAAGCUCAGAGAAGCUGCACAGAAAGCUAAAGGCAACAAACGGGGAAUCGAACCCACAGUGUGAGAAAUGUGCACGACCCGUGUACGCUAUGGAGCGAGUGAAGGCGGAGAAACGCGCCUGGCAUAAAGAAUGCUUCAGAUGUGUGCAGUGCAACAAGCAGCUCACAGUGGAGACAUACCAGAGUGACCACACAACUUUGUACUGCAAGCCUCAUUUCAAGCAACUAUUUGAGCCGAAACCAGUCGAUGAUGAAGAUGAAGUUGACGCCGCACCUAAGAAACAUCAAAUGAUAAUUUGCGAGAGUAGCCCUGUGGAAUUACCGCCAGAUGUUGUUAGAGCUUCAGAUAAACCAGACCUAGGUCUAGAGGAGCUAGCUCAGUUAGACGUGAAGUCUAGAUUCGAAGUGUUUGAACGAGCGAAUCAGAAAUCCCCAGAACCGGCGCUGGAGCCCCGCGCACCCAGAGAGAAGUCAUCCGCACUGCUCUCUAAGAUAGCCAAAUUCAAAGCAAAGGGAAUGGAUAUCGGCGUAUCUGAUGAAUAUUUGAAUGGAGUAGAAGUAGAACACAGCGCUAGUGAACAAGAAGAUGACGAUGACGACGCCGUACUGCAGCAGUCGUACCAGCAGACGCGGGCCCGCGAGCAGCCGGUGUCGUUGUGCAACAUGAGCGAGAUAGUGGGCAGGUUCGAGGCGGGCCCGCUCGCCGCCGCAGACAGGCACCGCGAGCGCAAGCAGGAGAUACAGAACAUACGCAGCAGGCUCUUCAUGGGUAAACAGGCUAAGAUUAAGGAGAUGUACGAACAGUCCGUAAUGCAGAGCGAACAGAGUCAAACAUCAUCAGAGAAGAUCUGCCGGGAGCUGGAGCUGGACGCGGAGAGAGCUCGCCAGAUCAAACAGCGCUUCGAGAACGGAGCCUUCAAUGAUGAGAACCAACCUCCUAGGAAUAGGGAUAUUGAUGAUAAAUCAUUAUUUAAUGAAGGUAUAGCAAAGAAAUCUCGUUCCAUUUUCCUGGAACUGGACGCAAACGCCAAGACUCUGCCUGUCUCUCCCCCGGCACAGGACGCACCCAAGAGGAAGGAAAUUCCUUUCGUACCAAAAGACGUGGUCCGCGCCGCAGACCGCGUGGAGGAGGUGAAGAUCGAGACCGCGGACAUCUCGGACAGGUUCCGCUUCUUCGAGACCUACAGACCGGAGACCGAGCGCAAGGAGUUCCGCAUGACGCCGCCCAGGCAUGCGCAGCGAAAGUCCCCCUCCCCCGAGGUGUACCAGGAGCCAAGCGUGGUGCGCGGGGGCGGGGGUGGAGACGCAGCGCUGGCCGCAGACCGCCACACUGCCUCCAGGAUGAUCUCCGUCUUCAGGCAGAUGGAGGAGCAGCAGCACAGGCAUGGAGACCAGCAAGGUCCGAAGCCGCUGAAGCGGUUCACUCCCCCUCCCCCCGGGGAGGAGGCGCACCAGGGGGAAUCCUCGGAGAGCAGCAGCGAGGAAGAGGACAGCGAGGAGGAGCGAGCCAGGGAAUACCUGCUCGCCAGGGAUAGGGACGACGCCUUGAAACAGGCUCAACAAUUAGCUCGUACAAAGAGUUUCCGCGAACGCUUCGAGAACUGGUCGGAGUCUGAACCUGCGCGUGCGCCCUGCACCCUCCUCGUACGGGAACAUGAUGACGACGACUCCCAGCUGGAGACCGCCAGGAGUUUGCGUGAGAAGUUUGAGAAGAUGAAAGUGCAGCAAAACGUCGUCACCAAAACAACCACCCCCAAAGUGAACCGCUUUGUGUGAGGAGUGUUCGCUGCCAACUGCCUUCGAUUACCAAAGUGUUUUAUAAUCUUGUCAAGUCGAUGCUUGCCUCAAUAUGCGGGUAGUCGCAAAAUUCACAACAAAAUAAUCGUUUUAACUGAUUUAUCGACAAUAAUAAUAUACAUUUUGAGAGUGCUAUAGUAAGCUAAUUAGAAAAAACUGUUUAAUUUUUUUUUUGUGACUACCCGCAAUAUUUUUAAGUUACAUUUUUUUAAAUAUUUAUUGUAAUCGAAAUAGGACUGAUGCUGUUUGCAUUUUGUAACAAGUGCCUUAAAAAUGUGCAAUUAUUACUCAAAUUUUCUAAAUAUAUAAAAUGGCGGACAGGAUUUUUCGCGCCAAUUUAACCUAAAACUAGUUUAUAGGUUUUUAACUAAAAAUAAGUUUUUUUAUUAAAAGAUUUUGUACUAAAGUGAAGUCUUCUAUCGAAUCUCUGACAAUCUCAAUCUUAGUUAUACAUUUUGAGUAUAAUUUCUGUUUUGAUGAUUCAUAUUUUAAACAUAUAGUUUUAGAAAUAAUAACAUAUUUAUUUUUCAUAUAAGUGCCAUCGACAAGGCUAUUUGCUUAUAUAAAUUUAUUUACACAUAGAUUAAUCUUUUCAUAGAUAUUUGGAAGAUUUGGCACAUUUUAUUUUACUCUUUGACAAUAAAUCUUCAUAAUUUUACUGAUUGACUGAACUCAUUUUAUUUUAUGUUUGUACUUAAUUGGAAAUUUAGUGUUGUUUUUCAUUUUUGUACUGUCAUUGUUAAACUAUCGCUAUAUUAAUAAAUGAUUCGAAAUUUUUA